AUGGCCAAAGCCUUCGAGGACUCUAAGACGUCCAAGACCGUAUACCUGACCAUGAAGAGACACUCGUACACGACGAAAAAGAUCAAGGCGGCAGAGGAAGCUUCGGAAAAGGCGUCAGGAGAUGCGGUCAUGAGUACCGACGACAAGGACAAGGAGUACCCCACCCUCGUUCGCCUCACCUCUGGCACAAAGACGAAACUCAGCACUCUUGUGCAACCCCAGGAUCUGGAUAGAUUUAUGGUUCAGUACACCAACAUCAUCAAGAUCAACAUGGACAAUCUCAAGAAGAAGGAGAGGAAAAAGGCUGCCAAGGCCAAGGCUAAGAAGGCCACCGCAUAG